ACAGUCUAUGAAGAAAAUCAGAUGGAACUCACUGUGGCAAAUUUUAUUAAUAAGGUGCAGAAAAAGCAUGAAGGCAGUACAUAUUUUGAAACCAGCUCCAGAUGCCAGCUGAUUCCUGGUAGAAAAUACAAAGCAUCAUGUGAUCCAUAUGUACCCCAGCCAAAGCAUGCAGAGUUUGACAGUCACUAUGGCCCCAACCAUCACCCCACUUUUGUGGUCUUCUCUGAGGCUGACGUUGUUACAGUGAGUGUUUUAGAUGAAGAUGGAAUGGAGGUGUGGGAGCCACAUCAGGUCUUUAUGAUAAGUGAAAAAAUGGAGAAAUGUCAGAUUGCAGAGAAAACCCCACUCAAAAUGCCAGCAGAAGUACACUUUGUGGAUAAAUACAUGGACAAGCUCAUCGGUCGAGUCACCUCAGUAAUGGAGAUAGCAGACUGUCUGCAAAGCAAAAACAUGAUUACUGAUGAAACAUAUGACAAAAUACACACUGAAAAAACCCCACAGGAGCAAAUGAGGAUCUUAAACCAAGCACUUAGGUCAGGAGGCCAAAACAUGAAAGAUGAAUUCUAUAAAAUACUUAAAGAGAAGCAGCCGUUCUUAAUAAAAGAUCUGGAGUCUGAACCCAGCAAGGUGUAAUCAAAUAUUUCAUUAGAAGCUUUAACCAUUUGGGACUGGCUGCCUUUGUAACCAA